UAUUGUGGCGGACAUAUUACUUGCGAAAACAGAAUUUUCCCAGCCCCCCCUGAAAAUUAGUAGCAAAACACCACCAAAAAAUCAAAAUAUCCGCAUUUCUCUAGAAUCAUUCAAUAUCAUCCAAUACACAUCUUUUUCAAUCAAAUAUCAUCCAAAUAUAUGUCUUUCUUACCUUUAUCAUCAAUAUGUCACCUCAACUCUGUGAUUUCAUCACCAACAAGAUUGUACACCUUCUUAAGAAUGAUUAUAUAUCUGCUGAGAUCAUGUGAAGCAUUGAUUAUCAUCUGUGUAUAUUGAAUUCAAUGAAAUCUUCACUGUUUUGAAACUGCUAGAGAAUGUCAAAGAUCAUAUCAGAUAUCUCUUCAAUUCUGAAGAGAUUUGAUGAAGAUUUUGAAGCUUUUUUGCAUCAUACAGUUGAGAACUUCAUAAGAGAAAAAGAUAUAAAAGAAUAUUUCAGAUCUACUUAUAUAGAAUAGUAUUAUAAUAAUUAGAAAGAUUCAGAUUACAAUUCAUUAUAAUAUAAAUUUAGAAGUGAAAGCAGUAUGAGAUCUGUUCUCAUCACUAUAAAUAGUGAAUAAAGAUAAUUUGAAUUUCUGCAAUUUUGUCUGUUAUAAUGGACUUUUUAACUCAUCUCUUAUAAUUUGAAAUAUACUCUUGUCAAUAUUCAUAUGAAGCAACUGUUCCCUUGUCAAUCAAUUGAAGUAUUCAUCAAAUUGAGGUAUUGGACUGCUUUGAAUUGGAGAUGGAACAGCGGAUUCGAUGGAAGAUUCAAUGGUGGAUUCGAUGGAAGAUUUCAACGGCGGAUUCGAUGAAAGAUUUCAACAGUGUAUUCGAUGGAAGAUUUCAACGGCAUAUUCGAUGGAAGAUUCAACGGCGGAUUCGAUGGAAGAUUUCAACAGUGUAUUCGAUGGAAGAUUCAACGGCGGAUUCGAUGGAAGAUUUCAACAGUAUAUUCGAUGGAAGAUUCAACGGCGGAUUCGACGGAAGAUUUCAAUGGCGGAUUCGAUGGAAGAUUUCAAUGGCGGAUUCGAUGGAAGAUUCAACGGUGGAUUCGAUGGAAGAUUUCAACAGUGUAUUCGACGGAAGAUUUCAAUGGCGGAUUCGAUGGAAGAUUUCAAUGGCGGAUUCGAUGGAAGAUUCAACGGUGGAUUCGAUGGAAGAUUUCAACAGUGUAUUCGAUGGAAGAUUCAACGGUGGAUUCGAUGGAAGAUUCAACGGUGGAUUCGAUGGAAGAUUUCAACAGUGUAUUCGAUGGAAGAUUCAACGGUGGAUUCGAUGGAAGAUUUCAACAGUGUAUUCGAUGGAAGAUUCAACGGUGGAUUUGAUGGAAGAUUGAACAGCAGAUCUGAAUGUGGAUGA